AUGGCUGUCCAAGCAAGUCUGACCGACCAGCAGGCUAUGAAGGCUGAGCUCUACGGUAUCGACAUCACCUUCACAGUUCUUGCAGUCGCAUCUGUAGCCCUUAGAUUCUGGGCUCGACACCAUUCCGAGGCGAAAUGUGGAUGGGACGAUUGGCUUGUGCUUGUCUCGAUGUUCCUCGUGUUCAUCAACUUCGCCUUGAACGCCGUCAUGAUCGAGCACGGUCUGGGUCUACAGGCAGCAGACGUCCCUCUAGAGUCUCUGUUUACGAUUGGGAAGGCCAUAUACGGUGAUGAGAUCGUGUACGUGGUUGCUUUGGCUACGAUCAAGGUUGCCAUUCUGGUCAUGUACUGCCGAGUCUUCGUUUUGAGGUCAUUCAAGAUUGCGGCAUGGAUCUUGAGCACGAUCACUGUCGUCUGGUCGUUGAUGUUCAUCUUUAUCUGUGUCUUUCAAUGUAGUCCAAUCCCAAGAGCAUGGAACCUCACCAUUCCGGGCAAGUGCUUGAACCUCCGGGCAGUGUUUAUUGGAAAUGCUGUCCCGAACAUUGUUACAGAUGCCAUCAUAUUGUGUAUGCCACUGUACCAUGUAUGGAAGCUUCAUGUUAGGCUUGCUCAACGUUUGGCAUUGACUGGCAUCUUCCUACUUGGAGCAUUCGUUAUCGUGGCCAGCAUAUACCGCUUCACUACAGUACUCCAACUCAAUCCGAUGAACCUUUCCUAUACACUAAAGACCCCAACGACAUGGUCUCACGUCGAAGUAUCAGUCGCCCUCAUCAGCGCAUGCCUACCUACAAUGCGCCCUCUCCUCGUCAAGUUCCUGCGACUCGUCGGCGUUCAAGGAAGCACAAACGAGGGAAGCGCACAGAGUGCAGGACGUGCCACUAUAGGUACAUCCAAACCAAACAAAAGAAGGAUGCCUACAAGCAAGUUGGAAUUCUCCGUCCUCGAAGAAGGUCGCGAUGAGUGGCCGGAAGCAAAGCGUACCUCGACCGACGAGGUCCCACUGAACGGCAUUCAGGUUCGGAGGAGCUAUGAGCAGAUAAUCGUUGAAGUACCGAAGAACGAUGGCUGGAAUGACAAUCCACCGAAAUCUGAGGCCUGGUAUCCCGGGAGGUAA